UGAGAAGCCAAGGGGAGGAGGGAUUUCCGGUCGCUGGCCGGCGCGGCCUGGUGGGCAGAGUGAAGCCUGAGGCUCGAGUCACGCUGAGUGAUGCCCCUCCACAAGUACCCGCCCCAGAUCUGGAAGGCACUGCGGCUGAAGCAGGGAAUCUACGCCCGGUUACCGGCUCAUUACCUCCGCUCCCUCGAGGAGACCCAGGAGCCCACACCCGUCCACUUUAAACCCCACGGGGUCAAAUACGUACGGAACCCACGCACCGGGCAACCAGAACGCGUGCAAGACGUACCGAUUCCCAUCUACCACCCGCCAGAGUCACAGCAGGGGCUGUGGGGGGGAGAGGGCUACAUCCGAGGAUUCAGAUAUGCUAACAACGACAAGCUCUCCACACGGCUGAGAAAAACUUGGAAGCCGCAAUUGUUUGUGCGCGAGCUUUACAGUGAAAUCCUGGACAAAACCUUCACCAUCCAGGUGACCAUGCGGACCCUAGACUUAGUGGACGCUUGCUAUGGUUUCGAUUUCUAUAUCUUGAAGACCCCCAAGGUCGACCUGAAUUCGAAGCUGGGGAUGGACCUGAAACGUGCAAUGCUGCUGAGACUUGCUCGCAAGGACACCGAGCUUUACCCCGACGAUGCAGAGAAGCGGGAACUCAUCUACAACAAAUAUAAGGAGUUUGUAAUUCCUGAAGAGGAGGCAGAAUGGGUUGGUCUGAGCCUCGAGGAAGCUGUGGAGAAACAGAGGCUGUUGGAGAAGACGGAUCCUUUGCCACUGUUUAAGGUUUACGCUGAGGAACUAGUCCACAAAUUGAGCAUGCUGAAACUGUCGGAGCCAGUGAUUGUAGGAAAGAAGUCGUAACUCAGCUUGGGCCCGUUAAGAUCUUCAGAGCCACAGGUUAUACAACCAAAGAAAGAUUUGUUUUGACAACACUUGCUCCCUGAUGUUAGCCUACCUGUUUGAGAGCGCCGACAAAACUGCCUCAAAGGCCAAGGGGCAAAGAUUAAAGUGACGACGAACUCUUGACCUGAACUCUCAAAUUAAAACUCUGAGGUUUUUUUUUAAAA